GACACGUGGCUACUACAACCCGACUGCUCGGCAGUAACAUGUGAAGCGUCUUGCUGGGCAUUUCCUCAGAUAUCAGAAUAGCUCGGGUUCUUCCAGAAGCGAGAGCUGCACACUGAGCCAGAGCGCAUAAGUUGCUAUAAGGCCUGGUUCCCGGUGUGUGGCGAGUCUGCUGUCCGGCAUGGAGGCUCUGCUGAAGCGGGAAUUGGGCACCUCCACUCUGAAAGCCACCGGACACUCAGGGGGAGGCUGCAUUAGCGACGGCCUGAGCUACGACACCGACUCGGGCAGAGUGUUCGUGAAGAUAAACCAUAAGAGCCAGGCCAGAAAGAUGUUUGAUGGAGAGAAAGCAAGCUUGGAAGCCAUCUGGGCUACAAAUACAGUUAAAGUCCCAAGACCAGUGAAGACUGUGGAUCUGGAAGGAGGUGGAGCGGUGUUAAUUAUGGAGCACAUAGACAUGAGAUCCCUGAACAGGUACUCUGCUCGUUUGGGGGAGCAGCUAGCUGACCUGCACCUACAUAAUAAAAGACAGAAAGAGAAACAGAACAAGGCUGAGCAGACUGUUGGAAAAGUUCAAAGUGACAUUCCCGUCAUUGACAAGUUUGGGUUCCAUACAGCAACAUGCUGCGGCUACAUCCCUCAGGUGAAUGAUUGGCAGCCUGAUUGGGUGUCAUUUUAUACCCAGCAGAGACUUCAGCACCAGCUCAGCUUAGUGGAGCAGUCUUAUGGGGACAGAGAAGCCAGAGAAUUGUGGGUCCACCUCCAGCUGAAGAUACCACAACUGUUUGCUGGUAUAGAGGUGGAGCCAGCGCUGCUUCAUGGGGACCUGUGGAGCGGUAACGUGGCAGAGUACGCCGACGGCCCGAUCAUCUUCGACCCUGCCUCAUUUUAUGGCCAUUCGGAAUUUGAGCUGGCCAUUGCAGGAAUGUUCGGCGGCUUCGGUAAACACUUUUACAACGCCUACCAUGAGAAGAUCCCAAAGGCCCCAGGGUUUGAAAAGAGGCAUCAGCUGUACCAGCUCUUCCACUACCUUAACCACUGGAAUCACUUUGGCAGCAGUUACAGGGGUUCCUCCCUACGGAUCAUGAAAGAUCUUUCCAAGUAGAUGUGACGUGAUUUCCCGUACUGAUAGUCAGCUGUGUUGCCAUUGUUGCUGGUUGCUCUAAUUUCUGAAUGCUGAAGAUUUUUUUUUUGAAUAAAUAUUUAGCAAUUAACAUUGUUUUUAACUUUUUUUUUUUUUUUUUUUUAGGCAGAUGUCCCUUUUCCCCUUUUAUUUUAUUAAACAGGAGAGCACUGGUUAGUUUAAAGACAUCUUAGUUCAUGUACUGAUUUGGUCUUUAAGGAAUCAGAUGCUGUGUUAACAUACAAUAACAUUUACUUUCAUGAUUUUUGGGGCUGCAUGCAAGAUCUUGCUCAAUAGUUUUGCAUAGUCAAGCUGACAAUCAACUGCUUUGCUACAAACUUAACUGUACAUGGUGUAUAUUCAUAGGUAAUUUUUUUAUUUUAAUUUACAUACAGUACUAUGCAAAAGUUUUAGGUGUGGAAGCUGAUUCCCACUGGGUAAAGGAGGAAGAAAAAAAAAAAAAAUCUUUAAAAAUAAAUAAAAUCGGUUGCUCCAUUUCUGGCAGCAGUAUGUCAAACUUGCACUUGGAAUCUCAAACCUUGCCCCAUGACAAUUAUUAAAUUUAAAAAAGCCAGUCAUUAUAACAGUAUGUUGCUUAUAGUCUCAAAACAAAGUGAAUUUAUGAAAAUAGAAGUCAUUACAACAAUGGCCGUUAAAACUGAGGGGAAAAUUUUUUUUUUUUUAUUAUUUUAAGAUACCAAGUCAAUUUUUUCAUGCUGCUGCCUCGAAGGAGAAAGUCAGAACACUGACAAAAAAAAAAAAAAAAAAAAAAAAAAAAACAUAAACCCCAAAUAAAUGGUACAUUGUCCGUUAAAAGGAUGUUAAUUGACAUUGUUUUUUUUGUUUGUUUUUUUCGUAUUUAUUCUCAAGUUUUUCCAGACAGGAACACACUACAACAGAGAUACAGCCUUUUUAAACAAAUUUCAUGGCUCCCAAAAACCUUUACACAGUACUGUAAGAAAAUCCGUUAAAUGAAAUAACCUGAAAGAAGAUCGAAUCUGUCAAAACUUACAUUCCAUUGAUAUGCUGGCAUUCUGUUAAACGCAGCUGAACUGCUCCUCUCUACAGAACUUAACAUAAAAACUAGAUGGUUGACCUUGUGCAUCAGUAUAACUGCAUGCGUUAGUAAAGCACCGUUUUUGCACACUGUGGUGAAGUCAAACCGGUCAUCGUUCAGAACGCUUGAUCUGCUCAUGAUGGAAUGCAGUUGGUCUCUUAACAGACAAGUCUUAACAUCAGAGUGGACUUCUGUAUGUGUACAUAACUAAAUAAAGAACUCUGAAAUCAG